AUGACAGGUACCAAGGUCCUCAAAUGCAUCGAAGGGCAAUACAACAAGGCCUUGAUCCUGUCGAUGGACAAUGGCCAGGACGUGGUGGCCCGGCUACCCAAUCCCAACGCCGGACCGAGAUUCUACACUACCGCAUCGGAGGUGGCCACGCGUCAGUUUCUCCGAGACCAUCUCGCUCUCCCCGUCCCUCGAAUCUACGCGUGGUCUGCAGAUGAGACAAAUCCAGUUGGGGCCGAGUACAUUCUGGAGGAGAAAGCGACUGGGCAACCGUUAGGGUUGCUGUGGAGCAAUCUGCCAUCCUUGGCUCGUGCGCACAUCAUCGACCAAGUCGUCGACAUCGAGCGGAGGCUUUUGUCUCUUACUUUCCCGCGGCAUGGGUGCAUAUACUUCCAGUCAGACCUCGAGUCACGACCAGAACAUCCCAGUUUCGUUCCAAUACAGAGCCCAGACGGUGGAAGUAGGCCCGCAUUUGCCCUCGGUCCGCUGACCCAUCCACGGUACUGGCACGGCCACAUGGGAAGAGUACCAAUGAACCUCCACAGGGGGCCGUUCAAAAAUAUGGCGGAGUAUGCCAGCGCCAUCGCGCAGAACGAGAUCCGAUGGGCGCAGACGCACGCCAAACCAAGAAUGAACGUCCGGCGAUCAGAGGAGCAGCUAGAGACAGCAGAUGAGUACGUCGCUUUGCUGGAGCGGUAUACAAAGCUCGUGCCCUACCUGCUCCAGGAACCUCAUGGUCACGAAUCCCCAGACCAGCUGUCGCAUCCUGAUCUACACCUGGACAACAUCUUCGUGGACCCAGCAACCAACAACAUCACAGCCGUGAUCGACUGGCAGCAUGCGGCCGCUUCGCCAGUUGAUCUACAUGUGCUGAUUCCGCAGAUGCUGGAGCCAACGACAGCGGGGACAGGCGAAGGCGACGACUCACUCCGACAGUUUUACUUCGCCAAACUCAAGAGUCUGAAUCCCAGGCGAUGGGAGGCACUUACUGAACCGUGUCACACACUCAGAAUGAAACCUACCCGGCUGGUGCCGGCUUGCUGGCAGCGAGAUGACCUGUUCUCCCUCCGCCAUUCACUGAUCGCAGUAGUCACUCGCUGGGACGAUAUAUGCACCAGUUCAAUUAAAUGUCCGGUUGAUUUCACUUUUCGAGAGCUCCAACAACAUGACGAGGAGAAGGAGCUUAUCGAGGGUGUUUCAUUGGUCUUGCGCCAGAUUCAAGAACAAGGGCUCCUCCCUCUUGGCGGCAUGGUUCCGCGCGAGCGGUAUGAAGUCGCUCAGAGAUUGAGCCAGCAUUUCAGGGACGAGUUUAUCGCAUUGGGGGAGGAUGCGGAGCAGAGGGAGAUACUCGCCAAGAUUUGGUCAUAUUCGUGA